AUGGGCUGCGCCCCCAGCAUCCAUGUCUCGCAGAGCGGCGUGAUCUACUGCCGAGACUCAGAUGAGUCCAACUCGCCCCGUCAGACCAGCAGCGUGUCGCAAGGCCCCGCGGCACCCCUGCACGGCCUCCUCGUCCACACCGACGCCGCCGACGCCGUCCCCCCGAGCCGAGCGUCGCGACGACCCCUGGGCGCUGUCCGGGUCCGCCGGGCCCGGGCCCAGCUGGGCAGCGGCAGCGGCGCUGGCUCCUCGGUCCCCUCCGCGACCACCUGCAGGGGCCGGAGGCGCCACUGCUGCGGCAGCGCCGAGGCCGAGACCCAGACCAGCUACACCAGCGUCAAGCAGGUGUCUUCUGCAGAGGUUCGAAUUGGGCCCAUGAGACUGACACAGGACCCUAUUCAGGUUUUGCUAAUCUUUGCAAAAGAAGAUAGUCAGAGUGAUGGCUUCUGGUGGGCCUGCGACAGAGCUGGUUAUAGAUGCAACAUUGCUCGGACUCCAGAGUCAGCCCUUGAAUGCUUUCUAGACAAGCACCAUGAGAUUAUUGUAAUUGAUCACAGGCAAGCCCAGAACUUCGAUGCUGAAGCAGUGUGCAGGUCGAUCCGAGCCACGAACCCCUCGGAGCACACGGUGAUCCUUGCUGUGGUUUCACAAGUAUCUGAUGACCAUGAAGAGGCCUCAGUCCUUCCUCUUCUCCACGCAGGCUUCAACCGGAGAUUUAUGGAGAAUAGUAGCAUAAUUGCUUGCUAUAAUGAACUGAUUCAAAUAGAACACGGGGAAGUUCGCUCACAGUUCAAAUUAAGGGCCUGUAAUUCAGUGUUUACAGCAUUAGACCACUGUCAUGAAGCCAUAGAAAUAACAAGCGAUGACCAUGUGAUUCAGUAUGUCAACCCUGCCUUGGAGAGGAUGAUGGGCUACCACAAAGGGGAGCUCCUGGGGAAAGAACUUGCGGACCUGCCCAAGAGUGACAAGAACCGGGCAGACCUCCUGGACACCAUCAAUACCUGCAUCAAGAAGGGAAAGGAGUGGCAGGGGGUUUACUAUGCGAGACGGAAAUCCGGGGACAGCAUCCAACAGCACGUGAAGAUCACCCCAGUGAUUGGCCAAGGAGGGAAAAUUAGGCAUUUUGUCUCCCUCAAGAAGCUGUGUUGUACCACUGACAAUAAUAAGCAGAUUCAUAGGAUUCAUCGUGACUCAGGAGACAACUCCCAAACAGAGCCCCAUUCAUUCAGAUACAAGGGCAGGAGGAAAGAGUCCAUUGACAUGAAAUCAGUAUCUUCUCGAGGCAGUGAUGCCCCAAGCCUACAGAAUCGCCGCUAUCCCUCCAUGGCGAGGAUCCAUUCCAUGACCAUUGAAGCUCCUAUCACAAAGGUUAUAAAUAUAAUCAAUGCAGCCCAAGAAAAUAGUCCAGUCACAGUUGCAGAAGCCUUGGACAGAGUUCUAGAAAUUUUGCGGACCACAGAACUGUACUCUCCUCAGCUGGGAACCAAAGAUGAAGAUCCUCACACCAGCGACCUUGUUGGAGGCCUGAUGACUGAUGGAUUGAGAAGAUUGUCAGGGAAUGAGUAUGUAUUUACAAAGAAUGUGCAUCAGAGUCACAGCCACCUCACAAUGCCCAUCACCAUCAAUGACGUCCCCCCUAGUAUCGCUCAGUUACUUGAUAAUGAAGAAAGUUGGGACUUCAAUAUCUUUGAACUGGAAGCAGUUACACACAAAAGGCCAUUGGUUUACCUGGGAUUAAAGGUCUUCUCUCGGUUUGGAGUAUGUGAAUUUUUAAACUGUACUGAAACCACUCUUCGUGCCUGGCUGCAAGUUAUUGAAGCCAACUACCACUCCUCAAAUGCCUACCACAACUCCACGCACGCCGCAGAUGUCCUCCAUGCCACAGCUUUCUUCCUUGGAAAGGAAAGAGUGAAGGGAAGCCUGGAUCAGCUGGAUGAGGUGGCCGCCCUGAUCGCUGCCACAGUCCAUGAUGUGGAUCACCCGGGAAGGACCAAUUCUUUUCUGUGCAAUGCUGGCAGUGAGCUCGCUGUGCUCUACAAUGACACUGCAGUCUUGGAGAGUCAUCACACAGCCCUGGCCUUCCAGCUCACAGUCAAGGACACAAAAUGCAACAUCUUCAAGAACAUUGACAGGAACCAUUAUCGAACACUGCGCCAGGCAAUUAUUGACAUGGUUUUGGCAACGGAGAUGACAAAACACUUUGAACAUGUGAACAAAUUUGUGAAUAGCAUCAAUAAGCCGAUGGCAGCUGAGGGUGAAGGCAGCGACUGUGAAUGUAACCCUACAGGGAAGAACUUUCCCGAGAACCAGAUCCUGAUCAAGCGGAUGAUGAUUAAGUGUGCUGAUGUGGCCAACCCAUGCCGUCCCUUGGACCUAUGUAUUGAAUGGGCUGGAAGGAUCUCUGAGGAGUAUUUUGCACAGACUGAUGAAGAGAAGAGACAGGGGCUACCUGUGGUGAUGCCAGUGUUCGACCGCAAUACCUGCAGCAUCCCCAAGUCCCAGAUCUCCUUCAUUGACUACUUCAUCACAGACAUGUUCGAUGCUUGGGAUGCCUUUGCACACCUGCCAGCCCUGAUGCAGCACUUGGCCGAUAACUACAAACACUGGAAGACAUUAGAUGACCUCAAGUGCAAAAGUCUGAGGCUUCCAUCUGACUGCUAAAGCCAGGCCUGAGAAGGGGACCUCUUCUACAAAAGACACUGUGAAUGAGUCUCCUUUAUAAUGAAAAUGACAGGCAUAUGUUAAGGAGCUAAUGUUUAAUAUUUGACCUUGAAAUAUACACCUCCCCAAGCUUCAUUUUUAGAAAGUUACAUUUCAUGAAGAAAAAUCUAUGUUUUGUUGAGUGACAGCUUGGUGACAGAACGAGCUCUUGGCAGCUCCUCUGUCCUGCUGUUGUCCUGUGUGCCCUUGUCAAAUUCACUUAGCUAUUAGCAGAACCCAAGAAGCAAAGACCUGGUGCUUGUGAGCCCAUCCUUCUGAUGAGGAUCAGGUAGCUUGGCCAGUGGUCAGCAUCUCUUAACCAUAAAGCCUCCAUCACUGUUUAGCUUGACCAUUUUCCUCUAUGGCAAAAUCUGAAGGAUUCCUAAGAAGCUUCUCUGAACAGAUUUAAUUCUUAAAAAACAUGCUAUCUAAAAUGAGCAGAAGUAGGACCAAAUUAUCACUUAGUUUGUUUCACAGCUUUCAUGGCUAGGUGAUUCUUUUGGGUGGUACGACACUUGUUAGAAUGAAGCCUUGGCCUCUAAGUGGAGAUAAGCAGCUUGUGUAGCUCUCUUUCCCUGGAAGGAAUUCACCUUACAGAAAGCUGGCUGUAAUGGGGAAGGAAUGACAGGCAUCUUGUUUGUGGGGAAAUCCAUGAGCUUCCCUUAUUUUAGGCUCACAGAGGCAGCCACAAGGCACUGAGCACUACAUAAAAGCCAUUAAAUCUGAAUGCCUUUGGACAAGCUUUUUAAAAAUAAAAAAAGAUAAAAAGAAAAAAAAAAGGAAAAAUUUAUAUACAUUUGCUGUUUAAAAUUUUUAUUAAAUCAGUCUAAAUUCUCUGAGUCUACAUACCCAUGGAGUUUGGUGUAUACCACCUGUACAUCUGUUUGGGAAGGAUAUGGGGAAGUUUCAAGGUUUAGACAUUUUUAACUUAUCUGUAUUUGAGAUCACAGCAGUUGCUUUAAUGAUGUACAAAAAGGAAGUGCAAGAUGUGUAAAUAUAUCAGACCAGGCAUAUGGAGAGGCAGUAAAUGUUAUUUUAAGCUCUUAUUUGUAUGAUGAAGCUUCUGAAGCACAAGUGUGUAUUUUUAUACCACUCUUUUCACAAUUUCUGUCAUCUACAGACCUCCUUCUCUUUUACCAGCCUGCCCUUCUGUAUGUAUUAUGAAGAUGAGAAACAGUAAACAAAACAACCUAAUUUCAUUGUAUCUGUACUCCAUGCUGCAUUUUUAAGAGGUAUAGAGACUGAAUUAAUAGAAUCAGAAGUUACUUUGUCAAAUGAAAAUUGGACUGCAGUGUACAUAAAACUGGUACAUGCAAAGAAAAAAAAGACUUAUCACAACAUAAUGUGCCAAUGUUUUUUUUUUCUAUGUUUUAUAUAAAAAAUGGAAACAUAUAUAACAACUCCAUGCAAAGAAAUGUAUCCAAAUUAUUUUUGUUAGAUAAGAGAGCUUGCUUGGUCAGGACAGCAGCCAGCUUUGUAUUGUAAUGCUGCAUUAUGUAAAUGUGAUGAAAUGUUUUUGUGAAGUACUUGUAACUAAAUUCCUACAGCCAUUUUUCAUUCCCAACAGCUGUUUUUAUUUAUGUCUUUGGCCUAAAUUUUUCAUAAUUUCAAA